AUGGAAGCGGAAUCACCUCUGGAACAAUCUCUCCAGACAGUCGGAAUGUUUGGACGAGCUCAGUUCAUCAUCAUCCUAGUCGGCGUCAUAGUCCAAAUCUACAUCGGUUGGCCUUCAAUCGUUUCCGUAUUCGUCGCAAUUGAUGUCGACUUUCAAUGCGUGAACGACACUUUAGAUGAUGCGAACAUAACUAAAUUCGACAAUGAAUGUGUCAAUGGCUGUGAGUAUUAUGUUUACAGAUCAACGCCUUCAUCUAUGGUGUCUGAUUUUGACCUCGCUUGUGGAAAUGGUCCGACGUUGGUAUCCACAGCCAAUUCCGCCUUCUGGGCCGGAUUCAUGCUUAGUUGUUUAUUCAUGGGAACCCUGGCUGACAUGUUUGGAAGAAGAACAGUAUCUUUAUUCACUUGCUUCAUUUACUGCAUUGCAUCUUCACUUUUGCCUUUUAUCCAAAACAUCUACGAGUUUAUAGCCAUGCGAUUCGUUUGUGGCAUGUUUCAUUAUCCUCUGACGUGUGUCGUCUUUAUUCUUGUCGCCGAGUGGGUCGAUAAAGAGAAAUUCGGAAAAAUCGGAAUGUCAACGGCAGUGGUUUUUGGUCUGGGUGAAGCUCUGGCCGCUCUUAUGGGCUAUCUCUUACGAGACUCAUGGCGGAUUCAGCUAGGUGCAAUGACCUGUUUUUUAGUCUUAGUUCUUAUUUUAAUCUUCUUUUUUCUUCCUGAAAGCGCUAAAUGGCUUUACCAAACCGGACACAUUCAUGAAUGCGAGAAAGUUAUGAGAAAAGUUUCCAGGAUUAACGGCACGAAUUUCCACGGAAUGAUCCACAGUGAAACGAACAGUGACCAUCGUCCAAUAACAAACGGUAGUCAACACGACUCUUCAGCCGAUGAAAUGAGUAACAUAUUUGUUUCCAGAUCCGAACCAUCGUCACCCGUUAGCUACCACUACGACGCCUCGGAAAAGCUCAUUCCGACUUUGGAUCCUCAGGUCAUCAAGGCGUCAACAACUAUCGAAGAAAAAGAAAAGCCUAACGUCAAAGCUUUAUUCGGAACUCGGUCCAGCUGCUUUCUUAUGCUCACGAACUUGUUCACAUUUUUCUCCUCCUGUAUGGUUUAUUUCGGACUCGCGUUUGGGGUUUCUUCAAUCAGCGGGAACAUUUACUUCAACAGUGCCUUACUAGCUCUUGUAGAGCUGCCUGCUUGGUUCGUCGUUCUAUCUAUGGACUACGUUGGACGCAAACCGACUCUUCUGUUUUGCCUUUUAGUAUGCUCAAUCGCUUGCACUUGUAUCCCCAUAACAAACCAAUACGUGCCUAGUUUGUCCAUAGUUAUAGCUAUGGUCGGAAAACUUUUAGCUACGGGAGCUUUUGAUUUACUUUUCGUCUACAUUCCCGAGCAAUCUCCUACUGUGCUCCGAACGACAGGACUUUCCAUUUGUUCCGGUGCUGCUCGAAUCGGAACCAUAAUCGGACCUUAUGUCAUUCAGGCAGGAUCUAUAUCAGACUACAUUCCUUACGGUUUCUUCGCACUGUGCGGUUACAUAUCUUUCGUGCUAUGUGUAUUUUUCCAAGUCGAGACGCUGAACCGAGGAAUGCCUCAGACUAUUGAGCAGUAUUACUUAUUGGUGCAGAAUAAAAGAAGACUGAGGAUAGAAGAGCCCACUUCAGAUGAUGAUUGUGAUCGUGAUAUUUAAACUUUCGCUCUUAAACUAUCAGUCAAUUUAUGAUGUAUAGAUGAAAUAAUGAACAUUGCCAAAUUUCAGUUGAGUUAUUAGUUCAAUUGAAACAAU